AUGUUUAGAAGUUUUAUUUACGUGAAGAUUUUCGUCACGGUUAUGACGGUAACGCUAAUUUCAUACACAGUCUUGGGGUCCCUCAGCUCCAAGUCACAGCAUUCUGCAAAUGAAGCCCAUUUGCAGAAAAGGGCUCAAAUAGUCCACUACGAGAAUGAAGUUGACAUUGCAGAAAGGGCGGAUUCGACCAACUCCUCCAGCAUUUUUAGCCAAACUCCUAGCUUCGGACUUUCAUCAACAGGGUUCUCUUCUCUCACUUCGAGUUCCAUAUUAAGCUCCUCCAGUUCAUCGAGUUCUUCAUUUUUCGCACCUUCCACAUCAAGUACAAGUUCAUUCGUUUUCCCAAGUACUUCGUCAAGCUCAUCUUCAACUGAAAGAAGCUCAGCCACUAGCAGUUCAUUUUCAUCAAGCAGUGAGUUUUCGUCAGAAACCAGUAGCUCAGUUUUCAGUUCCAGCUCUUCGAGUGAAGCCUCGAGUUCUGAAACUAGUUCCGACGCUGAGACUUCUGCAACUUCUUCUUCGUCUUCUACUUCUGCUCAUGUGACGACUUUUUCGUCAAGUGAAGGCGGAAGCGUGGUUGUUGUUACGUCCACCGUAUUUUCUUCCGAACCUGCUGCUGCCACCACUGCAAACUCCAACAAAUCUUCAUCAUCUAGUGGGUUAUCACAGACCAAUAAGAUCGUUGUCGGAGUCGUUGUCGGUGUAGGUGGUUCUAUCAUUUUCGCUGCCCUUGCUCUUUUCUUCUUCUUCAAGAGAAGAAACAACAAGGAUUUUGACAACAGCGGAUGGACUUUCUGGAGAAAGAACGAAAAGGGUACUACAGACGAUUACUUAAGUGGAGAAUUGGGAGUUAGAGACAGAAAUAUCAACCAAGGUUCUAACUUCUGA